AUGGCGACGACCCGCGCUGCCCGCGCCCUUCUCCUGCUGCUGCUGCUGCUGUGCCCGCCGGGGCUGCGGCGGGGGGCGCGGGGCGGCGGGCAGCGCCCGCGGGGCUGUCCGGCGCCGUGCCGCUGCGAGCUGGACGGAGUGCUGCUCCGCGCCGACUGCUCCGACCGCGGCCUCACCGCCGUGCCCGCCAACCUCAGCGUCUUCACCUCCUACCUUGAUCUCAGUAUGAACAACAUCACUAAGCUGCCCUCAAACCCUGUGCACAACCUCCGCUUCCUGGAAGAGCUACGUCUUGCAGGAAAUGGCUUGACAUACAUUCCUAAGGGAGCAUUUGCUGGCCUUUUCAGUCUUAAAGUGCUGAUGCUGCAGAAUAACCAGCUACGCCAGGUUCCUACCGAAGCACUCCAGAACCUGCGCAGCCUGCAGUCUCUGCGUCUGGAUGCCAACCACAUCAACUAUGUACCCCCCAACUGCUUCAAUGGCUUGGUCUCCCUUAGACACCUGUGGCUAGAUGAUAAUUCAUUGACAGAAAUUCCUGUCCAAGCUUUUAGGAGUUUACCAGCACUUCAGGCAAUGACAUUGGCACUGAAUAAAAUACAUUACAUACCAGACUAUGCCUUUGGAAACCUCUCCAGUCUGGUAGUUCUACAUCUCCAUAACAAUAGAAUCUAUUCCCUGGGAAAGAAAUGCUUUGAUGGGCUCCACAGCCUAGAGACAUUAGAUUUAAAUUACAACAGUCUGGAUGAGUUCCCCACUGCUAUCAGGACACUAACAAACCUAAAAGAACUGGGAUUUCAUAGCAAUAACAUCAAGUCAAUACCUGAGCGUGCAUUUGUGGGUAAUCCUUCACUUAUUACAAUACAUUUUUAUGAUAAUCCUAUCCAGCUCGUUGGAAAAUCUGCUUUUCAACAUUUACCAGAACUAAGAACUUUAACUUUAAAUGGUGCUUCACAGUUAACAGAGUUUCCUGAUCUGACAGGAACUACAAGUCUGGAGAGUUUGACACUCACAGGAGCACAGAUCACCUCUCUCCCCAAAUCAGCUUGUGACCAGUUACCUAAUCUCCAAGUGCUGGAUCUGUCUUAUAACCUGCUGGAAGAUUUACCCUGUUUUACUGCGUGCAAAAAACUCCAAAAAAUUGACUUGCAUCACAAUGAAAUCGCUGAAAUCAGAGCAGACACGUUUCGGCAGCUGGCUGCUCUUCGGUCUCUGGAUUUAGCUUGGAACAAAAUUAAAAUUAUUCACCCCAAUGCUUUCUCCUCUUUACCAUCUCUGAUCAAAUUGGAUGUGUCAUCCAACCUUUUGUCCUCUUUUCCUGUGACGGGGCUACAUGGUUUAACUCAUUUAAAAUUAACAGGAAAUCAUGCCCUACAAAGUUUGAUAACAUCUGAAAAUUUUCCAGAACUCAAGGUCAUGGAAAUGCCAUAUGCCUAUCAGUGCUGUGCCUUCGGAGCUUGUGAGAACCACUACAGAAUCUCCAGCCAAUGGAACAAAGAUGAUAAUAGCAGCAUUGAUGACUUACAUAGAAAGGAUGCUGGACUGUUACAAAUUCAAGAUGAACGUGAUUUUGAGGAUUUUUUCCUUGACUUUGAAGAAGAUUUGAAAUCUCAUCAUUCAGUGCAAUGCUCACCUUCUCCAGGUCCCUUCAAACCAUGUGACCAUCUGUUUGGUAGCUGGCUGAUCAGAAUUGGAGUGUGGACCAUAGUGGGUUUGACCUUUGUUUGCAAUGCACUGGUGUCCGCUACAGUUUUCAGAUCUCCAUUGUAUAUGUCCUCCAUAAAACUUUUGAUUGGUUUAAUAGCCAUUGUAAAUGCUCUGAUGGGUCUGGCCAGUGGCGUACUGGCUAGUGUGGAUGCAUCCACUUUUGGUAGCUUUGCUCAGUAUGGAGCACAAUGGGAAAGUGGAAUUGGUUGCCAAAUAACUGGUCUUCUCUCAAUUUUUGCAUCAGAGGCUUCUAUAUUACUCCUUACCCUAGCUGCACUUGAACGUGCGUUCUCUGUAAAGCAUGCUGCAAAGUUUGAAACAAAAUCCUCCAUUGCUAGCAUAAAAAUUGCCACUUCUUUUUGCUUUAUGUUGGCACUAAUCAUUGCAGUGAUUCCCCUUCUCACUGGAAGUGAGUAUGGAGUUUCUCCACUUUGUUUGCCGCUCCCGUUUGGAGAGUCCACUGCUAUGGGCUACAUGGUAGCCCUGGUAUUGCUGAACUCCCUUUGCUUUCUGGUAAUGACUGUUGCUUAUACAAAGCUCUACUGUAGUUUAGAAAAGGGAGAGCUAGACAACAUUUGGGAUUGCUCUAUGGUCAAACAUAUAGCCUUGCUACUUUUUACUAAUUGCAUUCUUUAUUGCCCUGUGGCCUUCUUAUCUUUUUCCUCCCUACUGAACCUCACUUUUAUCAGCCCAGAAGUGAUUAAGUCAAUACUUCUAGUGAUUGUCCCACUGCCAGCAUGUUUAAACCCACUGCUUUAUAUACUUUUCAAUCCACAUUUUAAGGAGGAUUUGGGAAGUCUGCGAAAGCAAACUUUGAUAUGGAGGAGAUCAAAACAUGCUAGUCUGAUCUCUGUGAAUUCAGAAGACAUAGAAAAGCAAUCUUGUGACUCAACACAGGCACUGGUAACCUUCACGAGUGCCAGCAUAUCAUAUGAUAUGCCCACCAGCAGUUCACUAAUGCCACCCUCUUAUCAAAUGACAGAAGGCUGCAAUAUUUCGUCAGUUGCAUUUGUUCCCUGUCACUAGUUGCAGAAACAGUACAAAAAAUACCUCUGUUUACAAAUUUUUUAAUCCCAAAAGUAAGUGUGGAUGUGUGCAUAUGGGUGUAGAGAAGUGCCUCUAAAUUAUUAUGACACACCUCUGAAAACAGACAACGACAAAACUUGCGGCAGGAUGAAAAUCCAAUACUUGAGCCUGCUCAGCCUGCUCCCGAAAUGCUGAGAUGAAGAGAGGAAAUUAAAGCUGCUGAAGUUUGUGCAGUUGUAUCAGCUGUUCUCAUUUAAAGUAGCACUACUCAGAAAGGGCACCAGUUUUGGUCAAGAACAAAAUAGCAUAUUAAAUUUGUAACAUUUUUUCAAAGUAUGACCUGAUGUUUUCAGGGGUUGGGUUAUUUUUUUCCUGUUUAUUGCAAUUUAAUAAUAGUUUUUCAGUGCCAUGAUUGUUUUUGUAAGCAUCUGUGCGUGGCCUUUGUUCAGCAAGAUAUGAAGAACAGAAGAGUAGUCCUGCUCAAGUCCUAAAGGCUUCUGCAGAACACCCUUUGAUGAAGUUCCAUGUUUGAUAAAGCUGAUUAAAUGGUUUAACUGGCAUUGGGUUUGGACUUUGGAAGUCAUUUAACUUGACAAAACAAUUUUAAUUUUAAUUGUCAGCAAAAGCUAGAAAAUUAACAUGAUGUGAAAGAAGAUAAUCAAAAUCCUGUUAAGCAUUUAAAAUGUAAUUGUAAAUGGCAAGGCAUUGUCACAUGGAUUUUUUUCUAAUGAGGUUCUGUACAAUUGGGUCCUGAAUUGCUUUCAUGCCAGUAGAAUUACUCCCAGAAUUACUGAUGAUAAAAUUGGCAGAUGACUCAUUUAAUUUGAAGGUGGAAAAUACUACAUGGAAAGUCAUCAAUAUAAAAAAAUGGCAUGCUGAGAACUAUUAAAGGACACCAAGGGCACUCAGACAGAAACAUUCAUUUAAGGUAAUUUGUCUAGGAACAAAAACUGUAAUCCUGCUCAUGACAUGGUCUCUGUCUCAUGAAACAGUGAUUUUAGAAAGCUGCUAAUUCAUAUUCACUAGUCAGUUGAAGAUUUACAGGUCACUGUGUCCUCUUGGAUAAGGAUUACCGAUAUUCUUAGCCAAGGCAAUACCAAGUAGGAUUGAAGUGGUUGUGUAAUUGUGUUCUUAGCACUGAUGCAAGCACUCCCAGGAUAUUUCAAACACUUACUGCAUUCACAUGUUGUAAAGAACAUUGUGAAAUUGGAAAGAAUAUGAAUAUCAUAAAUUUAAAAGAACUUAAGAAAUAAGUGAUUUAAUCAGAGUUUAUAAGUAGCUUUUUCUGGGAUACAGUAGUUUGAAGGCAGAGGACUACUCAUCUGAGAGGAGAAAAAUCUGGUAUAGUCAACUGGAAAUCGGCAUUAGGGAUAUGCAGCAUAGAAAUAAAGGUGAAAAUUGUUGAUAGAGAUGGUCAUUAGCUAGUGAAAUUAUUGUCACCAAAAAUCCUUAAAUUCAUAUUGGAUAUAUUGCCAAAAAAGAUACUGGAGCAGCUGAUGAAAGGCAGGGACUUCUGAUGGCUUUAGUUUAGGAAAAGACUUGAUUAGGUUAACAGAGGUCUCUGACUUUAAAUCUGUUAAUACUUUGCUGAAUAAAGGCAUGUAUGUUUACACAUCAGAAGCAUCCUAGUUAAAAGAAGAGACUUCAGGUCCUUGCCAAGUCUACUGUUAAGAUAUCUCAAACAGAGCCACCUAGAGUAUAAUUCUUUGACCUCGUCCAAGCCAUCAGGGGAUAUUCCAGUAUUCUUUCCUCAGAGUUGGCACCUUUUACUUAAGUAAGCUGAUUAUUCAAGACAGAAAAAUGCACAAAUUUACCUAUUUUUGUUGUUGUUAAAAAGAGCUCCCUGAGGAGUAACAUUUAAUAGCCCAGUUAAUGGCCACUCAACCUCCAGGUGAAUGAGACUAAUUUUUUAACAUUAGGAAGAUUAGGCUAGGCCCAGCAAUUAAGGUAAUCCAUUACAGAUGAUCUCUGUUGUUCAUCUGUUCCUGUACAUAAAACUUCCUGGGACUCCAAGGAUGGAUUUUCACAAUGAAGAAUUUGCUGCCAACAAUGCAUAUGCCUUAAUUUUCUUGUCCAUUCACACUGGCAUUUUUUUUAGUUUUGCAGUUACAGAUGGCAUCAGUUGACUUUGGCUGACAUGUUCAUCCUUCAGGGAAAAAAAAUGAAUCAGUUCUGAAAUUAUGUAUGAUAAAGUCAGCUGAGUACUUAUCUUAAUCCUUUAUCUGUUGUGGCUUUUGAAGCAGUGCAGCACACAGCUGCAGAAACGAUGCCUGAAACCAGUUUGGAUUAAACAGAGGAUCAGUCAACCAUUGCACAAUACCUAUUACCAUGUUUACUUAGCUUUAAUUUAACUGGGGUCCAUCUGUGCUGCUCUGCUUAA